ACGUGUAAUAGACCAAUAAGAAUAUGUCUCCUUUUAAUACAUAAAUUCGUGCGCAAUCGUGAAGCGUGAAAUAACCUAUAUUAAAAUUACGGAAAAUUAUAAAUUAUUUAAUAAAAGAAAAAAAAUAAAAUUAAGUGAAUAAUAUCAGGAUAGAAAAUGCAGGUACGAGAGAACUUAGAGAUUUUAGAGAGUAAGAAAAUGAUGAAGGAUGCACGUGAAGACGAGAUAGAAUUGGAACGGGAAAGGAUCAUGAAGAAAGGCGAUAUCGUACGAUCCAUACGACGUUUAGAUCUAAACCGUUUAGAAAUCGAAGAAAAGGAAAAACUCGUUUCUUCUCAAAAAGCUCGAGAUUUACGAAAUCGACAAAUCGAAAGAUCUUAUAAAUUAGCUCAGGAAUUGGCACGUCUUAAAAAUGAAGAAGCGCGAGAAUUGCGUGAUUUGAAAUGUAAGAAAAAAUUAUUCAGAUCUCCUACGGCUUGUUCUUUCGUUGAUUUACAAUCACGAUUGUUGGAAGAGAAGAUUAAAAAAGAUUCGCAAUCUAUCGAUAUCAUUCGACAAUGGUACUUCGACGACACAUUGGAUAAAAUGCAAUUGGCAAAAUUGGAAGAAAAUAAACUACUUUAUCGUGCCGAUUUGCAAAAUCAAAUUAUUGAAAAACGUCGUAUAUUGCGAGAAUUUGAUGAGGAGAGACAACGUGAACGUAAGAUAAUCGAACAAAUGAUCGACGUUAUUCACGAAGAGGAUAUUCGUGCUGAGGAACGUAAGAAAGAAAUUCAAACGUGUUUGCAAGCUGAAAAAGAAGCUACUUUUGAGGCAAAAAAAGUAUGGAAGGACAUACAAAAGGCUACGAUUAAUGAGGAAAAUAAAAAAAUUGCUGAGAUCAUUGUUGAGAAAGAAAUUGAACAUAAAAGACAAAUGGAGAAAAAAAAAGACAUUAGUGCAAUGAGAGAAGCGACGACAGAAAAAAUUGCGAGGAAGAUGUUGGACGAUGAGAUUAAGAUGAAGGAAAAAGAAGCCAUUUGCAAUGAAUUAUAUUUGGAAAAAAAGAAAACCAAGGAAGCUGAAGAAUCUUUAAGAUUAGCUUUGGAAAAGCGAUUACGCGCUAAAAAAAUCUUGGACGAAAUGGUACAAUAUAGAAUUGCCGCAACUGAGAAAAAGAUGAAGGAACAAUAUAUGGAGAUAAAUUUUACACAUAAUCUUUACGAGAAACAAUUAAAACUCGAUGAGGAAGCUAAACAAAAGCUAGAGGAGAAACGACGAAAGAAUAAUCAAUAUGGUGAAGAUUUGAGGAAAAUUAUAAUAAAUAAUAAAGUUGAAUAUGCAAUGAAAUUAUUGAAGAAACAAAAAGAUAUUCAGGACGAAUGUGCAGAAAAGUCAUAAACAUUAAUUGUAAGAAAAUCUGGAUUAAACAAAGAUCUAUAUUUAUUUUGGGAAUUUAAUAAAAAUAUCCGAUAUUUCGCCCAUUA